GGCUGGUGGUUCGGCGGGCGGGCGGCAGCGUGAGUCGGGGCUGCGGGGCGGCCACGCAACUUCCGCCCGGGGGGGCGCCGCCGCCGCCGCUGCUGCCGCCGCCUGAGGGGACGGGAGCGGCCGAGAAGAGGCGCCGAGCUGCGGCCUAAAGGGAGCGGGGAGCCGCCGCCGCCUCCCAGCGCAGCCCGACCGGGGCCCGGGCCCGGCCCAGCUCAGCUCAGCGGCGGAGCCCGCAGCCCCGAGCGGCUGCGCCCAGCUCCAUGAAUGGAAAUCAGCAGCGCAGGACCCGUCGGGGCUCAGCCCCUGCUCAUGGUGCCCAGGCGGCCUGGCUAUGGCACCAUGGGCAAGCCCAUUAAACUGCUGGCCAACUGCUUCCAAGUUGAAAUCCCAAAGAUUGACGUCUACCUCUAUGAGGUGGAUAUCAAACCAGAUAAGUGUCCUCGGAGGGUGAACAGGGAGGUGGUGGACUCGAUGGUGCAGCAUUUUAAAGUGACCAUAUUUGGGGACCGUCGACCAGUUUAUGAUGGGAAAAGAAGCCUUUAUACAGCCAACCCACUUCCCGUGGCCACUACUGGGGUGGAUUUGGAUGUGACAUUACCAGGAGAAGGUGGAAAAGAUCGUCCCUUCAAAGUGUCAAUAAAGUUUGUUUCUCGGGUGAGCUGGCACUUGCUGCAUGAAGUUUUGACAGGAAGAACCUUGCCUGAGCCUCUGGAACUAGACAAACCUAUCAGCACUAACCCUGUUCAUGCUGUCGAUGUGGUGCUACGACACCUGCCCUCCAUGAAGUACACCCCUGUGGGCCGCUCCUUCUUCUCAGCUCCAGAAGGCUACGAUCACCCCCUGGGGGGCGGCAGGGAGGUCUGGUUUGGGUUCCAUCAGUCUGUGCGGCCUGCCAUGUGGAAGAUGAUGCUCAACAUUGAUGUUUCUGCCACUGCCUUCUACAAAGCACAACCUGUGAUUCAGUUUAUGUGUGAAGUUCUUGACAUUCACAACAUUGAUGAACAACCAAGACCUCUGACUGAUUCUCAUCGGGUAAAAUUCACCAAAGAGAUAAAGGGUCUGAAGGUAGAAGUGACUCAUUGUGGAACGAUGAGACGGAAAUACCGCGUUUGUAAUGUGACCAGGAGGCCUGCAAGUCAUCAAACCUUUCCUUUACAGUUAGAAAAUGGCCAGACUGUGGAGAGAACAGUAGCACAGUACUUCAGAGAGAAAUACAACCUCCAGCUGAAGUAUCCUCAUCUGCCUUGCCUGCAAGUGGGACAGGAACAGAAACACACCUACCUGCCUUUAGAAGUAUGUAACAUUGUGGCUGGCCAGCGGUGUAUCAAGAAGCUAACGGACAAUCAGACAUCAACUAUGAUAAAGGCCACAGCAAGGUCUGCUCCAGACAGGCAGGAGGAAAUCAGCAGAUUGGUGAGAAGCGCGAAUUACGACGCGGAUCCGUUUGUUCAAGAGUUCCAGUUCAAGGUGCGGGACGAGAUGGCCCACGUGACGGGGCGCGUGCUGCCCGCGCCGAUGCUGCAGUACGGGGGACGGAACAGAACAGUGGCGACCCCAAGCCAUGGAGUUUGGGACAUGCGAGGGAAGCAAUUCCACACCGGUGUUGAGAUCAAAAUGUGGGCUAUCGCUUGUUUUGCAACGCAGAGACAAUGCAGAGAAGAAAUACUGAAGGGUUUUACAGACCAGCUGCGUAAGAUCUCCAAGGACGCAGGGAUGCCGAUCCAGGGCCAGCCCUGUUUCUGUAAAUAUGCCCAGGGUGCAGACAGUGUGGAGCCCAUGUUUCGGCACCUCAAGAACACCUAUUCAGGGCUUCAGCUCAUCAUUGUCAUCCUGCCAGGAAAAACACCGGUGUACGCGGAGGUGAAGCGUGUGGGAGAUACACUGUUGGGAAUGGCCACGCAGUGUGUUCAAGUCAAAAAUGUCAUUAAAACAUCUCCACAGACCCUUUCAAACCUGUGCCUGAAGAUCAAUGUUAAAUUAGGAGGAAUCAAUAACAUCCUUGUACCUCACCAACGACCUUCUGUGUUCCAGCAGCCAGUGAUCUUUCUGGGAGCCGAUGUCACUCACCCUCCUGCUGGAGAUGGAAAGAAACCUUCCAUAGCUGCUGUUGUAGGCAGUAUGGAUGCUCAUCCAAGCCGCUACUGUGCCACGGUGAGAGUUCAGCGGCCCAGGCAGGAGAUCAUCCAAGACCUGGCCUCCAUGGUGAGGGAGCUUCUCAUCCAGUUCUACAAGUCAACGCGCUUCAAGCCCACGCGUAUCAUCUUCUAUAGGGAUGGGGUCUCUGAAGGACAGUUCCGACAGGUUUUGUACUAUGAACUGCUAGCAAUUAGAGAAGCCUGCAUCAGUUUGGAGAAGGAUUACCAGCCUGGAAUAACCUAUAUUGUGGUGCAGAAACGACAUCAUACACGGUUGUUCUGUGCUGACAGAACAGAAAGGGUUGGACGAAGUGGCAAUAUCCCAGCUGGAACAACUGUAGAUACAGACAUUACACAUCCAUAUGAGUUUGAUUUUUACCUCUGCAGUCAUGCUGGAAUACAGGGUACCAGCCGUCCCUCACACUAUCACGUUUUGUGGGAUGAUAACUGCUUUACUGCAGAUGAACUGCAGCUGCUGACUUACCAGCUCUGCCACACAUACGUGCGCUGCACGCGGUCAGUUUCUAUACCUGCACCAGCCUAUUAUGCUCACCUGGUAGCAUUCAGAGCACGGUACCAUCUUGUGGACAAAGAGCAUGACAGUGCUGAAGGAAGCCACGUUUCAGGACAGAGCAAUGGCAGAGACCCACAGGCCCUGGCGAAGGCUGUACAGAUUCACCAAGACACCUUACGCACGAUGUACUUCGCUUAAGUCAGUAACAGGGGAGCGUGCUCGCCGCGAGGAAGAACUGACAAAUUAAGCCACAUACAAUGUAUGUUUCCAGUGGGGUUGGUUUAUGGGGUGCGCCUCCCAUCGUGCAGGGGCGAGAGGCUGACCCUUAAAUUGACACAAGGAAGAUUGUUUACUUCACCGAGGAACACAGCACUAUUAUGCAAUAUGAAACCAGCCAACUGCUUUUGUGGCGCGGUCUCCUGUAGGAAGCACCGCCAUCAUUUUCCUCCUUCUGUUUAAUUUCUCCUAGUUUAACCCUCUUCUGCCUUUACCUCAAGUUGCUCGGCAGCACAACUCUCUUUGCAAAAAAAAAUAAUUAAUAAUAAUUAAAAAAAAAAACAAAGGAUGGUGUAAUUUGAGAAAAGCAACCUGUAUAAGAACAGUCACAGUGAUUCUUUGGGAGAGAAAAGUGUGCAAAAAGUCUUGUUUCGCCCAGUUGAGGAAUCUUUCUCUCAGUGUUGCCAUCAGCAUUCGAAUGCGACCAUAUCUGAGUACAUCUGAAUGUACAGCACUAAGUAGAGAGAAAAUGGAGGGGAGGGAAGAUGUUUUGCACACUGAUCCAAUCAUUUGAACAUAGUUUAGCCAACUGCUGCCUUUCUUCACAGCUUUGGAGUCCUCAGCUCCAACAGUUCCCUUUUAGAAGCAAACAAAGCUAGCGGUGUUACUGCAGGCAGUGGUGAUCCCAACUGUUCUUGCUCCCUGGUGACUUUACUAAAGCUGCUGUUUUACCUAGUCCAAAAGUUUCAAUUACUUUCUAUCUGGCAAGUCAAAUAUCGUGAAGCUUCAUGUGAGGUUGGGCGUCCCAAGCUUUAUGGGAUGGCUGCAGCAAACACCAGAACUGAAACUUUAGAGCUAAGGUCGUCUUGACAAAAGAAAAAUGCUAGUUUACUUGCUGCCUCUCACACCUUAAUGUGAUUUCAUACGUACGUGUUUUUGAAGUUUAGCUUCCUUUGUUUCCUUUAUAUUUAUUAGAGUAAUAAUAAUGCUUUAAUUUAAUUAUUACAGAACAUAUGGUCAACAUCAACUUUUAUUUUUUAGAAAUGUAACCAUGUUUAUUUUUAAAGAACUGACAACUUGUUUUUGCUAUCUUUUAGUGCAAUAAGCGUUCGAAAAGAGAACUGUGUCCAUUGAGCUGUACCACAGCCGUGUUUGUACCGCUGGCUGUGGCGGAAUGGACGCCUCCGGUUUUAAAAGGACAAAGUCAAAGCCUUAAUUUUGAAAGGAAAGUUUUAUAGUCAGAAGGAAUCUCGGAUUUUCCUUUUUUAAAUCAAAAAGUAGCAAAAAUGCUUCUGGAUCUCUGCAGGCUUCAGCGCUCGCUGCCGUGGUUUGGUUUAACAAAGGAACCGGCCGUAUUUUUGGCUUUGAGACGUGGAAGAUAUUUGAAGUAAACAAACAGAUUUUUUUAUUGAGCUCUGAGUUUUUACAUGCUUAAUUAAACCUGUUUGACAUCAAUAAAAGGUCUGGAGUUAUUAAAAGUUUUUAGGCUUUUUUCCUCUUUGAUAACGACUUUCCUUUUAAAAUUAAGUUAUUGGUAACUUCAUUUCACUUUGCAAAUAAAAAGAGGGCUGGGAUAGUUCUACCUUUAAGUCACUGAAAUGUGAAGCAAACAAACGGGACUCUUUCAUUCCACUUUAAAGGCAACCCAACGUUAAGAUGUCAGAGAUGAGCAUUUAUUCUGCGAGGGGCCUGGGAAGUUUUGCACUUUGUAAACUCGUGAACUGCGUUUUUUGACUGUUUUUUAUUUGCACUGGUUCAUAGUAUAUAUACUGCAGAUCGUUUCUAUGGGCAUUGCUGUUAUCCCAGCCCUUCUGAACCCCACCUGCUCUCCACAUGAAAACCAGAGGGUCGCUAAAGCAGCUUUAUCUCCCGGCGUUCUCACCGAACGCUGUUUGCCAAUAUUCUGUGUUUUGAGCCUAAAAUCUGAGCCCGUUUCGCUUCAGCAGGCAUGACUCUGCCCAUCUCUUCUGCCAGAACACAAAGUACUGUAUUUGUGCGUCUGUGUGUCGUCCUGCAGUGUGUGUAGUGCUGUCACAACGCUGUCUCGCAGAGCUCUGCUCGGCGGUUGGCGCGUAGGCAUUGCUUCAUCUCCCAGCACCAAGGAAGGGAACGUCAAGAUUAACCUUGUGAGCAUUGCACUGGAAAAGUCCUGAGGUGGGCAGCUGUUGGGGAGCACUGGGGGGCGGUGGGGCUGGGCUUUGCCCUGAGCCCCCAUUGGGCUGAGCUCCAGGAUGGCUCAGCUCUGCUCCAGGUGCCCACAGCGCCCCAAGGCAGAGCUGCAGGGAGGUGGUGCUGCAGUUGUUGCAGCAAGGAGGGCUCCGAUCAGCCUCUGAAACGUUGCCCUCAGUUGGGGGCCUGCUACCUCUGCCUUGGAAGAGCUCUAGCUGGCAGUUCUGUUAAUACAAGGUUCAGGUUAGGCUUUUUACAGAAAGCUAACGUUUAAAGAGGAGUAGAGAUUUAUAAAGCAACUGUUUUACAAAGCCUUCUUGUGGAUUUCUGGCGUCAAGAUGAAAAUUCCUUUUCAAAAAGUCUUUUGAUGCUCCUUGCAGAGAUGCUGUGCCCUUCUCACCCUGCCCACGCUCAGUGACUGGGAGCCGAGAGGCCUUUGGCUUUCAACUCUCACCAAAAAACAAAGAGACUUCAUUGGGAAGGUGACUUUAGAUGCCAGCUCGACAGCUGCUGUGCCUGGUUUUCAUGUGAAGAGUACGUGGAAGCUUGAAUCUCUCUUCUUGGUUUUGCAAAUAUCUACGUAAAGUGCCGAUACUUAUUUGUAUUACAAUAUCAACUUACUGGCGUUGUGAGGGCCACACAUUUAUGAUGCUGUAGCUGCUAUAUUUAUUUAAAUGGAGAUGGACAAUUACUGCACUAAGGAAUGAGGAGAUAAGCAAGGAAUCAAGGUUAGUUAGAUAUCUUGGGGUUUUUUUUUUUGGGUUUUUUUUUUCUGAAAGAGAAUUAAUGGUGUGAAAUAUCAAGUGUAACAAAGGGUGCUGUCAUUUUAACUGAGAUUAAAUAGCCAGAUAUUCUUCCUUUGUUUAAAAACAUAUAUAUUUUGAUGUUUGCAGUUUGGGGGUGGGGGGUCGGGAUAAAUGGUACCUCAUCUGUGGUGGCAGUUUCCGGUAUAUUUUCAGAGUAUAUGGAUUUCUUUUAUUUUUGUACCUGCUCUCCUUUUAAAAAAGACAAAAAAGAACAAAAAAAAAGACAAAAAAAAAACAAAAAAAAGAAAAACAAAAAAAAAACAAACAACACAAUCUCAAAUUUUAUGUGCUGUGUGUGGGGGGGGGGGGAAAAUGUCGAGCUGCUCCCCAGGUCCCCUUUCUCUCUGGGAGCCCAGGGCUGCGCUUCUCCUCCUCCCUUUGCAGACACGCUGGCCUCGUGCACUGCCCAGCUGGGUGCGUGGCUCCCGCCCUGCAGACGCUGUACCAGUUCACCAAGACCUCGUUUGUACUCAAAGUGCCACUUGCUGGUGGGAGCUGCAGUGCUGGUACUGUGCCAAAGGCGGGCUGUGCCGAGCCCUGCAGCGAGCACUGGGAGCUGAGAGGGAGCAGAGCGUUGCACAGAGCAUUGCUAGGAGGUGUGCUGACAUUGCUAGGAGGUGCGUUAACAUGCUGGCACAGAGCAUUGCUAGGAGGUGUGUUAAUGUACUGGCAGAGCGACUGACCCCAUGCAGGGGGCUUCUGAGGGUGCUUCAGCUGUGGCCGUUUUACUCAGGAUUGCUGUGUUACUGUUCAAUGUGUGAUUUGGUUGAACGUGUCCAAAAGUUGUUUCUGUAGGGGUUCGUUCUGGCAUCCUUCUGGAAGUUUGGCCUUAGAAAUGGUUUUUCUGGAGUGAGGUGGGUUUCUGAAAGCUGUCGGUCAAAUUAUUUCUAGGUGCCAUUGGUCCUAAACCAGUUUUGCUUUGUGUACCGAAUUCUGUCCUUUACAAUGCUCAGUGUAAGGCACCAGGUACCUUCUGUACAAAUUCCAGCUACAAAUACUGGCUUUUUCCUAGCCUGGAAGUUUGCUCUGUUGAAACUCGGAGCUCAGCCUGCCCUUCAAACAGCUUGAGGCCUUUUUUCUUUCUCAAUAUUCCCUUCCCAUCUUGUCCUCUUGUCAUAUUCUCCCAGUUUUGUGAGUUGAGGGUUUAGGACCUUCCUCCGAGCACUUUUAUAACCUAGGAACCCAAAGCUCUGCUGCCGUACCUUGCAGUUAUCCAUUCCAUUUUCAGAGCUGCCGUCCAAACGGCCGUCCCUGUCCCUUCAGUGCUGUGGAGUUCUGCUGCUGAUGGCUUGAUUGAAUCUGGUGGAAAAAAUCCAUAGGGAUGUGAAAGGGAAGGAUCCCAGUCUCUCCUUUCCCUACCCAAAGAUGGUACUUUACAUUGAUAUUGAGUGUUAGGACGCUCGUCUUGUCUUGGCACAUGUUUAAUUAAGACAUCACCUAGCUAAUUGACUCGUUGUGACCUGGAACCGUAGAGGUUAGAGCUUGAGCUAAUUGCUGCUUGCUGCUAGCAAGAAGUUGUGUGUAUUUCAGUAGCUGAGUUACAAACAGAUUGGGGUCCUGCACUUCGCCUCCUGGGCAGAGCCCCAAGAAGCCUCAUCUCUGUAACACUAAAACAACGUUUGUCCCUCAGUAGGCAGUGUGUGCAGAAGGGCAGGGGCUGCAGGGGAGGACAUCGAAGCCUCGGUACUGCAGAAACAUGUCCUGCCUGCCCUGGCCUUUCUGGCUCUGUCUGAGGUCCCCCCUCACCUAACACGGGUAGUUACCAUAGGGUCCUUCAACAACAGAGUGGUUCUGUUUAAAAUUUGGAGUGAAUAUUUUAUUUUUGAGCAAGACAGUCCUCAGAAAGUGCCUUUGUAGAAGACGGUGCUGUAGAUUUUAUUUUCCAGUUGUACGUGGCUGAACAUUUAAGGUAAAUAACUGUAAAUGCCAAGUGUCUGACGGUACCUGUAGGUACUUUAGGCAUCAGGUCUCUGAGUCAGGACCAAGCAUAACCAGGAUGGUGGUUUCCUUUGGAGGGAAAGGCAUUGGGGAGCAAUCACCAAACGCUGCUGGGGAGGAGCAGCUCGGAUGGAAGGUCUGUCUCCCAGGCAUUACAAAGUCCCAAGGACAAAGCAGACGAGCUGAGCGCUGUCUGGUGAUGCAGGGAUGGUCAGUGCUGCAAGCAGGCGUCCUGUGGGUUGUGUUCUAACAGUGUGUAUUUGUGCUUGGGACUUGUCAUUCCUAGCUGGGAGAGAGAUGCUGUGGGCCCUGCCCAGAGGGCUGGCAGUGCUGUGGGUCCAUGGUGAGCAUUGCUUCCAUUGGGAAAGGCUGUCAGCUAGACUAUUAGCCACUGCACCUCAGUAACCUCGUAAUGCUGCGUUAAUAAUAGCAAAGUUCUGCUUUGAUGGCACUGCUGUGUGCUUGCACAUGUCUGCAAAAAUGCCCUCUUUCACUUUUGUAACGCUCUCUGUUGCAGUUACCUGCCUGCUCCUUGGGGAGCCAUGUCCUUCUUGGGGUGCUUCUGUGUGUAGCUGUGUGUCCCAUCUGCCUGUUGCUGCUGGCUGCUCUUUUUAGGUGCAAAACGUUUCUGAAUGGUUGUUUUUUUUUUUUCCUUUUCUGAAGUCAGCUCGACUCUUUAAGAUGCAUUUGAGAAGAGAACAAACAGAACAACUCAGUAGACAGGCUGCUGUGUGGGGUGCUUUGGUUUCACGUUGGCCGUUAAAAUGAAUUUGUGUUGACUUCAAUCACUGUUGAUGCAGUGUUGGGCGCUGCAGAUGUCAGGAUGGUUUUCAGUAUCAGCUGAAGCAUAAGAUUCUGCUUCCCUUGGGAGCAGCAGUGCUGCAGGCACACACUUGUACCCAGGCGUUUCCUAGGAGCGAGCAGAGCUGCUUCACGUCUGUUGAGCAGAACAGGAGCCAUGAAACGUUUGGGUUUGCAGUGCUGGGGCUGCGACACCGCUGUGCUUCACAUCCAUGGCAGAGCUGCUGUGCACAGAGCUGCACACAGAGCAUCGCUUCUGGCUGAAGUUAAAGGCAGCAGUUCCUUUUUGUUCAGCAGCUUUGUUUUAGAGCAGCACUCAGUGCUGCUGCCGUAGUGUUUAAGCUUUGCAGUGGUUUGUUCCUGAUUUCUGACUGCUGUUAGGCUGGGGUUUAGAAAGCAUUUUGUCAGCCUGGGUUCUGAAUCUUUUAGACUAAAAAGGGCCAAAAAUCUCGUUCCAUCAGCUUGUUUGCAGCAAUGCUCUCCAUCUCUUCCCCUGCCUAUGAACCAGAUUAUUUUCUAUCUGUGCUUAGCCAGUGCUGAAGCUGUUGAGAAGUGCAUGUUCCUAUCUCCUCUUUCUCUACGUUACAGAUGUGAUCAGAAGCAAUGGAAGGGCAGAGCUGUGUCUGAGGGUUCCUGCUGGGUGCAGAUCCCUGCUGAGGUGGGCUGUAGCACAUGAGGGUUAACUGCAGUAGCAAUGUCUGUGUGCUGCAGGGUGUGAUGCAGUUCAGCUGGGUGCUUUAACACGAGCCAGUUGCUGAAGGUGUAAAUACUGAAGAGGCAAACUUGUUGGAAACGGCAUCAUUCCUCCUGGCAAGGUUUAUAAUCAAUGCUACUCAUAGUAAAUGGUGCUGUGCUGGGGUUAAUCUGAAGCUGAAAUGACUCAGCUGUGUGUUUUAUGAAGAGGAGGAGAGGAGGUGCUGACUGUGCUGUCAAACCAGUAGUAAAAAGCUGGGAAGGCAGGAGGGAGAGCUGACUGUGCUGAAAAGCUCCAAUGCUGCUGGGGCCAUCUGAACUUGUCCCUUUGCACCCACAGUUUACUCCAGCACCCACCAGUAACUACUGCAAAAACUGAGAGAUGAGCAGAGAGGUUUUUUCCUGUCUGUUGGUAAGCAGGAGUGCCUGCUCACCUCCACAGCCGUGCUGAGCAGCAGCAGCAGCACCUGCGACAGCCGUGCAUUCGAUCCCAUCUUCUGUGUGCUCUGAAUCCCAAAGCAGCCUUUCCUGGUUCAAAACAGAGAUUCAGGAGGUGGGUGAUGUUCCAAACAGCAGAGCCAUGGGUUCUGUGAGCAGUGUGUGGCCCCUUUACAAAGCACAGACGCUCCAAUGAUUUCUGGCUGCAGUCUUUGGGCGGUUGGUACAGCAGCUGCUGAAGGAGCUCCCAUGUUAGCUGUGGUGUCCUGGGCUGCUUGGGUCAGACUUGAACUCGUUGAGAGCAAGCAUGUGCCUUUUUCUGAUCCGAGACAGAAGCUGGAGGAGCUGGCAGCGCUGCUUGACAGUGGGGUCAGUGCUCUUGAGCUGCUUGAGGCUUGGUCAGGACGGAGUCGGUUUGGUGUUGAGUUGCUUAAAGGGAGCCCUGAAUUAUUUGUGAAUGUAGCUACCCAGAGAGAAGAAGCUUUAAAGUGAAUGGUUUCUGGAGAGUAAUGUCAUCAAACAUAUUUGGUGGUAGAGUUGGUUUUUUUCUUAAAUGAAAUUGAACACUGAUACGUUUCUCCAUAGAGAGCCAUUAAUUCUGCCUUUAUCUGAAUGUUGCCUGUCCCAUAACGUCUCUGCUGUGCUCCUGCAGCUUCCCUGCUGGCUGUAAGGACCUGAGGAACGUUGUUGGGAAGUGGGAACGUGGUGCUGAGGGCUGAACAUCACUGCAGGUGGCUUUAAGGAGCGGCCUGCCAGCAGCUGAAGGUGCUGAGUCUGGGAUAGGAUGUGAGGCAGCGGGGUGCUGAGAAAUGAGAAUUGAGCCUCUCCUUUCACAUCCAGCUAUUCAGCAAAGGCUGCUGGCUGCCUCAGGUGCUGCUUCAGGCUCCAGGCUGUGCGUGUGGAUUGUCAGAGAACAACAGAAGAGCUUUUCGAGGUGUUUGCUGCACGUUGAGGUACUGCAGGGUUCCCAGCCGGCAGCUCUGGCAUCGGCGCUGGCUGUGAGAUGGGUUCCCUCCCUGAUUUCAGGGAAUUGAUUUUUGCUUUCUGCCCUAUCUGGAACACACACAGGAUGCCGUGCGCUGCCUUACGAGAGCUCAGCUGUGUGUUGUGAGCAUCAGCCGUGCUGUGAAGUGCUCCAUUCCUGGUACAAACCCCUGCGCCUUCCUGCCAGUGGCUGUUUGCAGUCUGUCCAUCUGACACAGCCUGUGCCCUCGCCUUUAUCUCAGCACCGCUGGCCCAAGGAGCUCCUUGGGCUCGGUCCCACUGUGUGCUGCUUUCUAUGAGCUUUUUUUGCAAAUUAGGGAUGAGUUGAUUCAAAUAAAAGGUUUCCUUUACAUUGCUGAGAAUCUCAGAGGUCUCUCAAACGCAUUUAGCAGCUGAAAAAUGAGUUCCUACUGUAAGGCUCUCCAACAACAUGGAGAAAUGCGAUUAUCUUGAGAUGAUCUCACCUGAAUCGUGGGUCCACAACCAAUUUUGGUACAGCUGUGCGAAAAUUAGGCAUUAAAAUAGUUACUAAUCACCUUUCAUAGUGCUAACACUUGCAAAUCUCUUGAGUGCAUUCGGAAAGUUUAUUUGGGCGUCUCACAGGUUAGUGCUUGCUCCGCUGGCCCAGCAAUACCAAUGGAGCAGUGCUACAGCUGAGGAGCCUUUGGUGUUUGGAGCACGCCAGCAGAGCAGUGUUUGUGUGCAGGGGAGAACGGGGCGCCCAGCAGAGCCGCUGCGUGGGGCUGAGAUGAAAUCUGGCUGCUGGCAAUUUGCACACAACUGCCUUCCUCAGGGCUCUGGUUGUGUGCAUCGCGGCCUCCUGUGGCUGUAGCUUUCGGUUUCCUUCGGCUUUGAUUUCUGCUCCUCAGCAGAGCGCUGCCUUUCCUGCCCUUGUCAGUGUUCAAUCUGUUGAAUCUCGCCUUGAGAAAACUCCACCUUGUUUUCCUGUAGGUAAACCUGCUUCUAGACAGCUGCGUUUCUGCUCUGUUCCACAGGCAAUCCUGCAAAGCCUCAGCGCAGCAACAGCAGCUGCAGAAUGGGUGCUCAGUGAUCAGCUGUGAGCAGAGGCACCGUGGGGCCUCGCCAUGCAGCUCUCCUGUCCGUGCCGUUUCCUCCUUUGCUGUGAGCAGUUAGGCUUCCCCAGGUGCAUGAAAUUGGUGGAGAAAUGGCACUGCUGCUUGUUUCUUUGGGGAGGGAGGGGGGAGAAUUCAUCUGUCAGAAUGCACUGAGGCAUCAGAUCAUAGAUCAGGAUGUUGUCAUUGAGAGGCAUCGCCUGAAGCUUUCAUUGUGACUGGUGAUGAGCCAGUUCUGACUGUUGGAACAUCUCUGGUGGCAGCGUGUGCCACAAGCAUUGCUGUGCAGGAGGCUGCGGGGAGCAGCAUUGUGCAAAUACACCCUUUGCAUAUUUACCACCACCUGUUCAUAAUGACAAACAAAACUGUUGUGCUGUUUGGGAUUCCUUCUCAGAAUAAAGUUCUAAUAAACGAA